ACUAGUCUUUCGUUGUAUGUUUAUGAAUAGCUGAAUUUCUUGCUGAGCUAACAAAAAAUAAUUAAAUACCGGCUCCAUUUUUGCUGUUAAGUUUUGAAAUGUCCUUUGAUGCUAUACCUAAAGAUCUGCGCGGGCUACGCGCCUGUCUAGUAUGCUCCCUUGUAAAGACUUUCGAUCAAUUCGAGACUGAUGGCUGUGAAAACUGUGAAGAGUUUCUGCGUAUGAAGAAUAACAAGGACAAUGUGUACGAUCACACAAGCAACAAUUUUGAUGGCAUCAUCGCUCUGACAACGCCCACAGACUCCUGGGUAGCAAAAUGGCAACGACUUGCACGUUUUACGCGUGGCAUCUAUGCAAUUUCCGUAUCGGGUACUCUGCCACAGUCGACCAUUCGCGACAUGAAGAACCGCGGAAUUGCUUACAAGACAAGAGAUAGAAGUCAGCGCUAAUCAGCUGCGUAUUUGGCGUAUAAAAUAUGUAGUUUAUUUUAAGUAAUAACAAAACCUCAAACACAUACAUCUAGAAUAAAAUACAGUUUUAAGU